AUGGUGUACUUCGCAGAGUCCUGCUCGUCCUCGUCGUCGGACGAAGACCUCAAUGAACGACCACCACCACCGUCAGCAGCAGCAGCAGCAGCGCAGCGGAGGAAGUACUCGUACCAGCCGACGCAGCAAGACUUGCCCUCGCCGCCGGUCGACAGUAUCGGGCUUGUCGUCGCUGUCGUAGACGGUCCGCAGGAGCAGCAGCAGCAGCAGCAACGCACAGUCGGCAGGGGUUUCGCGGUGGCCGCCGAACAGCCGCAGGAGCAUCAGCAGCGACCAGCACUUGCAGCCGAGGAGGACGAGGAGCAGCAAGGCGAGGAACGGCAGCUAGCGGCUCCGCACGCCCAUCGUUCUCGCCCGGCUGUGGCCGAACGGGAGAAGGAGGAACGGGAGGGCGACGACGGUCGUCGUCCUGCUGCUGCUGUCGCCACCCCCACAGCUAGUCGUCGCCGGUCGCGCGCCGUCCUCGUGCCAGCUGCCGGCGGAAGUGGGGGCCGAAGCGGAGAAGGCGGUAGUGAGGAAGGUGCCGGCAGUAGUAGUAGUAGUAGUAGUGUCGGAGGAUCGAAGCGUCGCAGCACCAGAGCGUCCGCAGCGCAGCGUCACAGCAGUAGCGUCACAGCAGCGGCGGCUCCCGUGGACAGUGGUGAGGCAGUGCACCGUCAGCCCGACGAUACUGGCACGGUGAGCCGGCCAGCACGCUCGUCGUCCUCAGCUCCAGCCACUUCGAGCUCGUCCGGCGGCGCUGCGCCGACGUCGUUGCUGCGUCAGCACGGCUCGGGUGCAACAAAGACUCGGUGCAUCGCGCAGCCGGCGACCAAGGCGACGACGACGACGACGACGAAGAAGACGGGGAGAAACCGGCGACAGAACAGCACGGUGCAGUAG